AUGGUGGAAUGGUGCGUAACUGUGUAUGAUAAACCAGGGUCCGAUAGAUCUCCAUAUAGAUCUAUGCACCUCGAAAGGAUUCCUGAAUUAGUACAAGAAGGCAAAAUAGUGGUGGCUGGGGCAAUUUAUAAAGAUUUAGUGGAUGGGAAACCAGGUGGAUUUGCAGGAUCACAUUUGAUUUUGGUCGCAGAUACGAGGGAAGAGGUAGUUGAGCUUUUAAAAGGUGAUAUUUAUGCGAAGGAAGGAGUGUGGGAUAUGGAUAACAUUUUAAUCUUCCCCUUUGGUUGUGCCGUUCGCAAGGAAAAACAGUAA